CGAUUCCGCUCAAUUGCAAUUUCCCCGCUAUUUACAAAUAGCUACCACAGAGUAAUGGGGAUCAUGCUGGUUUAUGACAUCACACAAGAGAAUACAUUCGAUGAUAUUGCCAGGUGUCUAAGGGAAAUUCAGAAAGUUCUUUAAACAUAAAGCCAAGACAUGGAACAAAUAUCUGACGAUACUAUAGACACUGUACUUUAAAAUCAAAACAUAAUUAAACUGCAAGCCAUGAAUCGGUACCAGACAAUGAGACAGCUGGGGGAUGGGACAUACGGCAGUGUUCUUCUUGGCAAAAGUAAUGAGACUGGUGAAAUGGUUGCUAUCAAAAAGAUGAAGAAGAAAUAUUACUCAUGGGAUGAAUGUAUGGAACUGCGGGAAGUAAAGUCUUUACGCAAAUUGAACCAUGCAAAUAUUGUGAAAUUGAAAGAAGUUAUCCGGGAAAAUGAUCAUCUGUAUUUUAUUUUUGAAUUCAUGAAAGAAAACCUAUAUCAGCUAAUGAAAGAUAGAGAUCGUUUAUUACCAGAGUCUGUAAUACGAAACAUCUUAUAUCAGAUCUUACAAGGCCUGGCAUUCAUUCACAAACAUGGAUUUUUUCAUCGUGAUAUGAAGCCAGAGAAUUUGUUAUGUACUGGACCAGAGUUAGUGAAAAUAGCUGAUUUUGGUCUUGUAAGAGAGAUCCGCUCAAGGCCACCAUAUACAGACUAUGUCUCAACAAGAUGGUACCGCGCACCAGAAGUACUACUUCGCUCUACUAACUAUAAUUCUCCGAUUGACAUAUGGGCGCUGGGUUGCAUAAUGGCAGAAUUAUACACGUUACGGCCACUUUUCCCAGGCAGUAGUGAGGUGGAUGAAAUCUUCAAAGUGUGCUCUGUAUUAGGAACACCAAAGAAGAUGGAUUGGCCAGAAGGUUUCCAACUAGCAAAUCAGAUGAAUUUCAAGUUUCCUCAGUGUGUGCCUACACCUUUCAAAUCACUGAUUGGUAACGCUAGCCCGGAGGCUCUCAAUCUACUCAGAGAUAUGCUUCAUUGGAACCCACAGAAGAGGCCAACAGCAGCGCAGUGUUUGAAGUAUCCUUACUUUCAAGUUGGACAAAAUCUUGGACCAAAAACCCCAGUUCAAACUAAGCCACAAAGUAUUGAAUCAAAGAAAUACAGUUAUGGCCAGGAAAAACCCAAGCCUAAUGUGAUGGGUAAUAAUGAUGUGACAUCUCAAGUGGAAAGGAAAGAGGACAAAAAGGACGAUUUAGAUGAUUUCUUAUCAUCACUUGGCAAAAAGAAAGAGAAACCGGCACAAGCAGUUGCACCGGCGAACAAACCAAGGCGCCACUGGGAUCAAGCUGAAGCAACGAAAACAGACACUACAAAAACAAACGCUAGAAAAACAAACAUAGACAGUAUAGACGAUGAUUUUGAUUUUAUUAUGACUUCUAUUAAGAAUAAGCCUGUUGCACCAAUAACCAGACAGCCACCUGCAAAACAAAAAUCAUCAUUUGAUUGGGGUGAUGAUGAUUUAUUUGAACCAAAAGAGAAACCGUCUUAUAGUAAUAUUAACAAAGUGCAAUCUCAUGCUGCCCGACGUUUGCUAGAGUCCGGUAACUCGUCAGCUUCAUCUGCGAAACAGUUUUAUUUUAGGCAGUCAUGUUACCUACCUGGAAUGAACUCGAAGAGUCCAUUGAAGGAUUCUUCAGCAGGCAGACCCCCAGUCAAAGCAGGCGUAGGAAGAACUAACAGUAUAUUUGGUCCAGGGUCAAGUAGCUAUGGUCGGAGGAACAAUAGUGGAUACAGUGGAAGUAACUAUGGUGGUAGCAGUUACAUGCCAACAUUUGGUCAGAGAGAGAUACAAGGUGGUAGGGUGCAAGGUGUCAGUGAUUAUAGUUCGUGGAAGGCAACAAGGCCUGCAGCAAGCAACAACUCAACCAGUAUGAGACCAGCUCAAGCAGUACAUGGACGUACAGACUGGGCCUCAAAAAAAGGUAAUUCCUGCAGAAAUAUUGGCUAGAGGGCCCGAUGCAUUUAAGGUUUAUCAAGCAGCCUUAAAAGAGGGAGAGAGUGACUGCAACCUGGUUAGACUCAUGGUAAUGGGCCAAGAAAAUGUCGGCAAGACCUGUCUGAUCAACUCCUUAUUAGGGA